AUGUUCGGUCCUCAGCGUCUCUCCUGGAUUAAUAAUCCCACCUCCAACUCAGAGACUUCAGCCAAGCAGCAGCAGGACAAAUCUCCAGACCUCCUCAGCAGCAGUAAAGUGUCUCCGUGUCCCUGCGUCUGUCCUCUGCUCGGCCUGUCGGUUCUCUGUCUGCUGCUGCUCGCCUCCUCCGUGGCGCUCUCUGUUCUCUAUAACAAAGAGUCAGACAGCAGGUCAGAGUGGAAGAGUCUCCUGUCUGAGAACCAGAACAUCAGCGACAGCCUCCUGGACGUCAGGACGGAGAACGACGAGCUGAGACGAGACAAGGUGGAGCUGACGGAGCAGAGGGCCCGGCUGCUCCGACAGACAGAAACCCUCAACAGGACAGCAGCUCGCCUCGUCUCUGCUAACCUCGCUCUGAGUCUGGAGAGCAGCCAGCUGACGGAGCAGAUCCUCAACCUGACCUCCAUGAACCUCCAGCUCUCACAGGAACAGGAGCGUCUGCUGCAGCAGGCGUCCGAGCUGCAGGGACAGAGGCUGAACACGUCUCAGACCAUCAGGAACCUGCUGGACUCCAACAGGAGGAGCGAGGAGGAGAACCGGCGGCUGGCGGAGGUCAGCAGCCUGCUGACGGAUCACAACAGGCAGCUGCAGCAGAGAGUGGCGGAGCUGCAGCAGCAGAGACAGAACCAGAGCAGCGAGCUGAGCAGAGAGAGGCAGGAAGCAGCAGAGCGAGAGGCGAGACUGACGGAGCAGACGGACAGACUGCUGCAGGAGGUGCAGGAGGUGAAGGAGGCCUACAGAGACCUGGACCUGUACUGCCCCCAGGUCCACCACACCACCAGAGAGCGGGUUUGCAGGAAGUGUCCCAGCAGCUGGACUCUGUUUCAGUCCAAGUGCUACUACUUCUCGUCCCGUUCGCUGAGCUGGAGCUCCAGCAGGACCUGGUGCCAGACACAAGGGGGCGACCUGCUCGUCGUCAACACCGAACCAGAACAGCGGUUUGUUCAUGAGCGCGGCCGGGCUCUGGAGCCCAGCAGCCGGCUGUGGAUCGGCCUGACGGACGCAGAGGAGGAGGGACGCUGGAGCUGGGUGGACGGCAGCUCGCUCACUGAACACGGAAAGUACUGGCUGAGCAGACCAGGACUGGGGACUGAACCAGAUGACUGGAAGCAGGACGACCCUUCAGGAGAAGACUGUGGACACAUAGACACCAGUGAAAAGCCUCUAAAGUCCUGGAUGGACGGUUCCUGCAAGAAGACCUACAGAUGGAUCUGUGAAAAGAAUCUUUAAAUCAAACGAGAACAUUUUUAUUCCUUAUUUCAUAUUGUAAAUGUCACAGUACUACUGUAUACUUUUUAUAUAUAUUGGCAAUUAGAGGAGAAUAUAUAUCUGGUGUAUACAGUUGGUUUGAUAGUUGGUGGUGAUAGUGUGAGAAAUAAAAGAAUAUUCAGGGACCGAGCAUUGAGGAUGCGAGGACCCUAUUGAAAUUGUUCCGUUUAUUAUUA